CGAAAUUAUUCUAGAUAUGUGCGUAAAUUAAAUAAAAUAAUAUUUUUUUUAAUCAGAAAAAACACUAAAUUACAAGGUUUUAAAAUGGAAAUUCCCUUUUUGUCUUUCGAUAAAGAGAAGCAAUAAAUAACAAUUAUUGCAAUAAUGUAUGUAGAAAUACUUCUUCCUCUGCUCUUCGUUGCUACAUAGAUACCCUAACCCCAAACCCACUCACCUCCCACGCCACUCUAUAAAUCAUCCAUUUUUUGAUUUGAUUUUACAAUUAUUGCAUUCCGCCACAACUCAAUUUCCUCCAAUUUCAUCGCCGAUCUCGCUCCCGCGCACGCUGAUUCCUCUAAGGCGGCUGGAAAUGGACAGCAACAAUUGGCGGACGGCGCAGGGGCAGGUUCAGAUGCCCGGUCAGGUCAUCGGCGGCGAAGCAGUGCCCGCCGGCGGAAUGGAAGGCGGCGAUUGGAGGACUCAGCUGCAGCAGGACUCCAGACAGAGGAUUGUGAACAAGAUAAUGGAGACAUUGAAGAGGCAUCUUCCUUUCUCUGGACAAGAGGGACUGCAAGAACUCAAGAAAAUAGCCGUGAGAUUUGAGGAAAAAAUAUAUACUGCGGCAACUAGCCAGUCAGAUUAUUUGAGAAAGAUAUCUUUGAAAAUGUUGACGAUGGAGACUAAAUCCCAGAAUCCUAUGCCGAAUUCUCUUCAGUCUAAUGCUGCAAGUAAUAGCAAAAAUCCCCAAGAUCCUGCUUCUCAAAGCAUGCAGUCCCAAAUGCAAAAUCAGGUCCAGCAAUUACCAAUUCCAAUGUCCAAUCGGCAACAGAUUUUAUCCCAAAAUAUCCAGAAUAACAUCCCAUCAACUGGGGUGCCGAAUUCUGCUGGUUUGACACCUGCAAUGCCCUCUGUUGGCAUGUCCCAGGGUACCAUGCCAAAUGUUUCUGUCCAGAAUCCUAACAUGCAAAACAUGUCUAAUGUAACCCCGAAUGCAGUAGGGAAUUCAAUGGGGCAAGGUGUGCCUGCUAAUAUGUAUGCAAACUCUCAGAGACAGAUUCCAGGUAGGCAGCAGCAGGUUGGGCCACAGGAUUCCCAACAGCAGCCUCAGAAUUCACAGCAAUAUCUUUACAAUCAGCAGCAGCUACAACAGCAAAUGUUGAAGCAAAAAUAUGGGCAGGGAGGUGUGCCACAAUCCAUGAUGCCAUCUCAGAUGCAGCAACAGCAACAACAGCAGCAGCAGCAACAGCAAAACCUAUUGCAGCCGAAUCAGCUCCAGUCCUCUCAGCCAGCUGUUAUGCAAUCUUCUUUGAGGCAAGCAUCGGCUUCGUCAACACUUCAAAAUCAACAGACAUCUCUUCAGCAAUCAACCCAAUCUAUGCUUCAACAGCAACCACAAACAGUCCUCAGGCAACAGCAGCAGCAACCACAACAACCUCCUGUCAUGCAUCAGCAGCAAAGUUCUAUGUCUCAGCAUCCAAUGCUGUCCAAUCAGCAGCAGCAACAGCAGCUUAGUGCCCAGCAGCCAAGUACUGCAAACAUGCAACAGAAUCAGAUGAUUGCCCAACAGAAUAACAUGAUCGACACGCAGCAUCAGCAACAGCAACAGCAAAGGAUCAUGGCUCAGCAGAACAACAUCUCCAACAUGCAACAGCAUCAGCCAAUCAAUCAACAAAAUAACCUUCCAAACAUGCAUCAACAGCAGUCAACUGGUCAGCAGAAUAACCUCCCAAAUAUGCAUCAACAACAAUCAGGUGGUCAGACAAAUCUUUCUGGUUUCCAACAGCAGCAAAUGGGUGGAAUUCAACAUGGCAACUCCAGCUUACCAUCAAAUCAGCAACCUGUCCAUUUGCUACAACAAUCCAAGGUUGCAGUUCAGCAGCAAAUGCAGCAGAACAUGGCAAAUAUGUUGCCUAACCAAGCUCAACCAUCCCAGUCACAGCCAAUGCAACAGCAGUUGAUGUCACAGAUCCAGUCACAGCCAGGGCAGCUGCAACAGCAAAUGGGUUUGCAACAACAGUCAAAUACAUUACCGAACAUGCAACAAAGAAUUCAAUCAUCCGGUCCCAUGCUUCAACAGCAAACCACAAUCGAUCAGCAAAAACAGUUGUUGCAAUCUUCAAGAGUCGUGCCAGAGGUGCCACUGACAUCUUUAGAUUCCUCCUCACAGACUGGGAAUGCAACUGGAGGGGAUUGGCAAGAGGAAAUAUAUCAAAAGAUUAAAUCCAUGCAUGAGAUGUAUUACCCUGAACUUAAUGAGAUGUACCAGCGAAUGGCUGCCAAGCUGCAGCAGCAUGAUUCUCAUCCUCAACAGCCUAAGAACGAGCAACUUGAAAAACUAAGAUUUCUUAAGCUUAUGUUGGAACGCCUAAUUAUGUUUCUGCGGACAAAUAAGAACGACAUUCAGUCCAAUCACAAGGAGAAGAUUGUUGGAGUUGAAAAGCAGAUAGUGAAUAUUCUCAACUCAAAUAGGCCUAGAAAGCCUGUUUCUUCAUUGCAAGGGCAGCUUACUCAGCCUCACAUGCAUGCCAUGCAACAGCCUCAGCAACAACAACAAUCUCAAAUGUCUCAAAUGCACUCGAAUGAAAGUCAAAUGAAUUCUCAGAUGCAAUCAAUGAAUAUGCAGGGUUCUAUGAUGCCUACACAGCAGAACAAUUUGACCAGUUUGCAACAUAAUACCUUAUCCUCCGGCUCCGGUGUUCCAAAUUCUCGUCAGAAUAUGUUGGAUGGACUGCAGCCUGGUUCAAAUAUUGAUCUUGGGCAGGGAAAUGCACUUUACCAAAUGCAGCAGCAAGGAGCUAUGAACUCUCUACAACAAAAUUCGGUGGGUGGCUCUCAACAGAUGGCUAGCUCUAUAUCUUCACAAAAUGGGCUGACAUCGCUCCAGUCAAAUGUUAAUUCCUUGCAAUCAAAUUCAAGUAUUCUUCAACCACAGCAAAUAAAACAGGAGCAGCAAAUGUUUUCGAACCAGCAACUAAAGCAGUACCAGCAGCGGCAGCAGAUGUAUAUGCAAAGACAAUUAAUCCAGCAGCAGCAGCAACAAACUUCUCAACAGCAGUCAGGACAGUUGCCUGGACAGCAAAUGAUGCAACUUAAUCAAAUGAAUGACACAAAUGAUAUGAAGAUGAGACACCAGAUGGGUGCAAAAGCAGGAGUUCUUCAACAGCAUAACUCUUCUGGCCAACGAAAUUCAUAUCAUCACCAACAGAUGAAGUCUGGAACGCCUUUCUCCACGUCAUCACAGAAUGCUCUUCAGGCAGCAUCCCCACAGAUUGGCCAUCAUUCUUCUCCACAAAUUGACCAGCAAAGUAUCCUGACUGCACAUAACAAGGCUGGAACUCCCCUGCAAUCUGCAAACUCACCAUUUGUUGCCCCAUCUCCUUCAACUUCCAUGGCUCCAUCCCCGAUGCCAGGUGAUUCAGAGAAAAUGAAUUCUGGUAUAUCAUCAAUCUCAAAUGCUGGAAAUGGCAUGCAUCAUCCAACCACGGCAGUGUCAUUGCCAAACCAGUCCCUUGCUAUUGGAACUCCUGGGAUAUCAGCCUCACCUUUACUUGCAGAAUUCCCCAGUCCUGAUGUCACUCAUGGUGUUGCACCAACCAUUGUUUCCGGAAACUCUAAUGUGGUGGAACAGCCACUUGAACGGUUAAUCAAAGUGGUGAAGUCCAUCUCUCCCAAAGCUUUGAGUGCCUCUGUUAGUGAUAUUAGCUCUGUAGUCAGUAUGGUAGACAGAAUUGCAGGAUCUGCACCAGGUAAUGGAUCACGGGCUGCAGUAGGUGAAGAUUUGGUUGCUAUGACUAAGUGUCGCUUGCAGGCCAGGAAUUUCUUCACUCAAGAUGGACCUAGUGGUACCAAGAAAAUGAGACGUUAUACUAGUGCAAUGCCAUGUAAUGUUGUUUCAUCUAGUGGAAGUGUUAAUGAUAGCCUCAGGCAUUUAAAUGGUAAUGAAUCUGAUGGAGAAUCCACUGGAGCAUCGAAUGUCAAAAGACCUAGAAUCGAGGCUAACCAUGCACUUGAAGAAGAGUUGCGAGACAUAAAUCAAAGACUUAUAGACACUGUUGUCUAUAUCAGUGAAGAUGAUGUUGACCCAACAGCAGUUGCUGCUACUUCUGAGGGUGGAGAAGGAACUAUUGUAAAGUGCUCUUUCAGCGCUGUGGCUCUUAGCCCAAAUCUGAAGUCACAAUAUGCUUCUGCACAAAUGUCUCCAAUUCAACCUCUAAGAUUACUGGUUCCAAACAAUUAUCCAAAUUGCUCUCCAGUACUUCUUGACAAGUUUCCAGCUGAAGUCAGUAAGGAAUAUGAAGAUCUCUCGAUAAAGGCCAAGUCAAGAUUUAGCAUCUCCCUACGAAGUCUUGCACAGCCGAUGUCACUUGAGGAGAUAGCCAGAACUUGGGAUAAUUGCGCUCGUGCUGUUAUCUCCGAGUACGCCCAGCAAAGUGGCGGUGGAACCUUCAGCUCGAAAUACGGAACAUGGGAGAACUGCCUGAGUGCAGCCUGAAUGAACAAAAUCUUGAUAUCUAUGGCUGAAUUGUGUAAAAUGUAGCUUCUGUAAAGAAGAUUGUUUUUGAUAAUUCAUGUAUGAAUAGUUGUGUAUUUUAUGUGAUGUAUAUUUUAGUGUGUUAACAAUGACAAAGAAGAGUGCAUAUGAAUUGCCGAUGUUGAAUUCUUGAA